CGAUUUGAAAAGAUCUUUUGUCCUCCUUGAGCUACAAUCACUAAAAAUUGCCUAAUUACGGAUAAAUUGAGAAAUCUCCACUGCCAAAAAUAUGCAACUCCUACCAUUUUGAUUUUCAGCCUUGGCUUUAUCAUCCCCUUCCAUAGGCAUCCCCAUACGAUGGCGACUCCGGCCGUGGAAGGCGUUGUUGUGCCGGCGCUGCGGGCGGUGCUUCACCGUGUCCGAAUCGCGGCGGAGAGGUCCGGCCGCCGCGCCGAUGAUGUAAGGGUGGUUGCAGUGAGCAAGACCAAACCUAUGGCCCUCAUUGACCAGCUCUACGCCGUCGGCCAUAGAUGUUUCGGCGAAAACUAUGUCCAGGAAAUUAUCGAGAAAGCCCCUCAGCUGCCUGAAGACAUUGAGUGGCAUUUCGUCGGCCAUUUGCAGAGCAACAAAGCGAAAGCGCUUCUGACUGCUGUUCCCCAUCUGGCCAUGGUUCAGGGUGUUGACACUGAGAAGGUUGCCAAUAAUCUUGAUCGUGUAGUUUUGAGUAUUGGAAGGAAGCCCCUGAAGGUCAUGGUUCAAGUCAACACAAGCGGAGAAGCAUCAAAAUCUGGUCUAAAUCCAUCAGAAUGUGUAGAAUUUGUGAAGCAUGUGAGGCUAGGCUGCCCAAAUCUCAUUUUUUCUGGAUUAAUGACGAUUGGGAUGCCAGACUACACAUCAACCCCUGAGAACUUCAAGACUUUAUUGAACUGUAGAGCUGAGGUAUGCAAAGCCCUUGAAAUCACGGAAUCCCAGUGUGAGUUAUCAAUGGGCAUGUCUGGUGACUUUGAGCAAGCGAUUGAAAUGGGUAGUACUAGCGUGAGAAUUGGAACAACCAUAUUUGGGACAAGGGAUUACUCAAAGAAGUAAUCCACUUGUUGGCACAAUGUAAGCAAAAAGUUACUCUCUUACUUGAUUCACUCAUAUUGAUAUUGAUGUCUUCUCAGCCAGAUAGUCAUGUUCCUAAUCAUAUCUUCUUAUGGAUGAACAACUUAAUUAUGGUAGAUAAUGCCAUAUAUAUAGUACUAUAUCACUGUUGUAUUUAUUUGUAGAAGAGAAUAUUUUGAUCGUUGGCUCCAUUUUCAAUCAAUAAAAGUUAUGCUUAACGAAUUGGACGAAUAAA